UUAAAAAAAGGGUACCCUCUUGUUCAAGAAACGAAGACAAACCAAUUAACCAGUGUUUUUUAGCACAGAGUAUCUAGUUAUUCAAGUAGAAGCAUAAACACACAAAAGAAAUUUGAAGUACUAAUCUCCCAAUAUUUGAAUCAUGUCUCGGAGAUACGAUAGUCGGACUACCAUUUUCUCGCCCGAGGGUCGGCUUUACCAAGUCGAGUAUGCCAUGGAGGCAAUUGGGAAUGCAGGAAGUGCCAUAGGUAUUUUGGCUAAUGAUGGGGUUGUUUUGGUUGGUGAGAAGAAGGUCACUUCUAAGCUUCUUCAGACCUCCACUACUACUGAGAAGAUGUAUAAGGUUGAUGAUCAUGUAGCUUGUGCUGUUGCUGGUAUCAUGUCUGAUGCUAACAUUCUGAUAAACACAGCUCGAGUCCAAGCACAACGUUACACUUUUUUGUACCAAGAACCAAUGCCUGUUGAGCAGUUGGUCCAAUCUCUGUGUGAUACCAAGCAAGGUUACACACAGUUUGGUGGGCUUCGGCCUUUUGGUGUUUCCUUUCUCUUUGCUGGAUGGGACAAGAAUUAUGGUUUCCAGCUUUAUAUGAGUGAUCCAAGUGGAAAUUAUGGUGGGUGGAAAGCUACUGCAAUAGGAGCUAACAAUCAAGCUGCACAGUCUAUGCUUAAGCAGGACUACAAGGAUGAUAUCAGCCGCGAAGAUGCUAUUCAGCUUGCAUUGAAGGUCCUCAGCAAGACGAUGGACAGCACAAGUCUGACCUCGGAGAAGCUUGAAUUGGCUGAAGUUUAUCGUCUGCCUUCUGGAAAAGUCAAGUACCAGGUACACUCUCCAGAAUCCUUGACCAAAUUGUUGGCUAAAUCUGGACUUACUCAAGCUGCCACAGAAACCUCUUGAGUCAAUGUACUUCAAGUGUCAUUCAUGUCAUUAAGAUCCUUGCUUUGUCAGAUACUAUAAUGUAGCCUUUAUUAUAUAUGACUUUGUUAUAAAUCUGUCUUUGUUGAACUUUGAUCUAGAAUGAAAAAAGCACACUCUGCAUCUGCUAGCUAUUGCCUUAUGUUGUAAUUCUUGGAGCAAUUGGUCAUUGUUAUUCCUUGCACCACUAAUAUUGAUCAAACUAGGUGACGAGGGCUCUGAAAGGUUUUCAGUUUACUUAUGUUGCUUACUAUGUUUUUCCAUGAGCAAUCGUUUGUAGCUAUUAUUGAGCAUUGUUAAUUAUCAUAUGAUGCCCUUGUGUUGAACUUUAAGAUGAAAGGAUUACCAAGAUCUGUUUCUUCCA